GGGGCGGUGGCUUCCGGGGGUGGGGACGCGAUGGAGUCGGUGCUGAGCGAAGUGGUGGCGGUGGAGGAUCUGCUGGCAUUUUUUCCCCCUUACCUGAGCAUUCACGCUGUGAUGGGACUCGGGGUUGUGCAUGUCUCGUCUUCACGGGUGUGGGGGAAGCCACCAGCCGAGUCGCCCGUCCGCCAUGGCUUGUCUGACGCCUGCAGCCCCUCUUUGGUUGGGGAGAAGAUGGCACCUCUUGUGCGGUUCGAGAAGAAGUACAAGGCGGAGCUGAGCGGGGGCACGGUCUCCAAGGGGACGCAGUUCGAAUACGCCUGGUGCCUGGUGCGCAGCAAAUACACCGACGACAUCAAAAAGGGCAUCGUGCUGCUGGAGGAGCUGGUGCCCAAAGGCUGCAAGGAAGAACAACGCGACUACGUCUUCUACCUGGCCGUGGCCAAUUACCGGCUGAAGGAGUACGAGCAGGCCCUGAAGUACAUCCGGGGGCUGCUGAAGACUGAGCCCAAGAACACGCAGGCACUGGAGCUGAAAAAGCUCAUCGACAAGGCCAUGCAGAAAGACGGCCUGGUCGGCAUGGCGAUCGUCGGCGGCAUGGCCCUGGGCGUGGCCGGCCUGGCUGGUCUCAUCGGAUUGGCCAUCUCCAAGUCAAAAUCGUAACCCUCCGGUGCAUCCCGCCCUUGCCCCUGUUCUCCCUCCCGCCAGGCCUGGGAGCCCACGCGCUAACUCCACUCAGAGUCACUAAUCGUCCCCCUCCCUGCCCUGGGACCCCCCCCACGCUCUCGGGUGGCUAAUCAGUGCAAUAGGGGUUCGGACACAUGGGAAGAAGGGUUGGGGGGGGGGGGGGGCGAUCGGCCGGCUUCCCCUUUCCCAGGCAGCAGCGGGAGAUGGCUGGGGAGCCUGGAGCGGAGACGUCUCCAGCCGCGCACGGGAGCGGGCGGUGGUUCUCCUGCAGGGGGCCGGGGCAGGGUCUGAAGUCCGGCCACCAGUCUCCUCCGUUUCGGGCCCCGCUGUGCCAGGAUUCCCCCGCCCCGCGCCCCUGCGGGCUGGGCGGGAACAGAGGGGCCGUCCCGGCUGCAGGCUUUGCCGGCUGGGCCCCAGGGCAGAUCUUCCUUUCCUGUCCCUGCUCUAACCGCUGCCUUCGCACUGUAAAUAAAGGUUGGUUUUGAUUUGA